CUCAUUGAAGAUUCAGGGUAAACCCAGUUCUCGAGUCUGCGUUUCGGAAGUCACCACCGCUGAUUACUGGUCGCGAUGUGCUGAGAAUGUCCUUGGUCGCUGUGGUGGCGAGGUGUUCCCUGGUGCACGCAGAGCUCUGUGUGCUGUAUGUCCCAAACGGUGAAAAGGGUGGUUGCUGUUUGUACAAUGAGCUGACGGCCUGAGUCACAUGAUAGACGCCCAAGAGAUGGUGGCGGUUGCUGGGAUAGCUCUCGCAAAAUUAUUGUAACUCCCCACACUCUGCAGCCAGUGCUGUGCAUGCUUGUGCGACAUUUUUCAGCACGGAUAAAACAGGAAAGCCGUGUCUUUUCCGCAGGGGCUUAGGUAAAUAUUUUUGGCAGCCACGAUGCAGCUCUCCUUGUACUGGGAUGCAGAUGAUGACGUGGAAGAUAUCCGACGAUACACCACUGGGGGCUUUCAUCCCAUUCGCCUUGGCGAUGUCGUGUUUCCUCCUCUGGUUAAUUCAGACUCGAGUCCCGCGCGACAAUACCGCAUCCUGCACAAGCUCGGCCACAGCUCGUUUGCGACAGUAUGGCUGGCCGAGGCACUCCAUGCACCGUCUCAACGUUAUGUCGCCUUCAAGAUCUGCGCCGCCGAGGCCGAUCCUCGACACGAGCUUGAUAUCUUCAGCCGCAUCCCGGUCGGCGACGAGACGCAGAACGUGCUGCGGCUGCGCGACAAUUUCUCGCUGCACGGCCCCAAUGGCGUGUACACGGUACUCGUGCGCGAUGUGCUCGGGAACCUCUUCAAUGUGGCGCAAUCGUCUCAGGGGCGUAAGCAUGCUCGGAUGCUCUGUCGCCAGAUCGCGUGUGGGCUCGCGGCGCUGCAUCGGCAUGGGAUCGUGCAUGGAGAUCUCCACUCAGGGAAUGUCGGCAUUGCCCUGCCCACGCUCGACGAACACUCGCCGGGCUCGAUCCUGGACUACUUUGGCAACCCAGAGUGCACUGUCAUCCUCCCAACCGCACCUCCAGCGCACCUCGAGGCUCUCCCGCCGUAUCUGGUACCCCCGAUUUCGGUCAUUGACUACCUGCGGAGUCAGGAUCCCGCAUUCGCGGACACGCCUCUCCGCGCGGUGAUUAUGGAUUUGGGAAAUGCGAUCGCGGUCGACGAGCAGACGCGCCCGUCGUGUACACCAGCGGCGGUAUCUGCGCCCGAGCUCAUGUUCGAACGUGUUGUCCGGUCGGUCGACCCCUUCCCCACGCGAGCGAGCGAUAUUUGGUCGCUUGCAUGUACAAUGUACGAAGUGGUCUUUGGACUCCCGCUGUUCCACCUCGCAUUUCCGAAUGAUGGGCUGUUGGGUGCGAUGGCGACGCUGUGCGGCGAGGUGCCGCUGGGAUGGCAGAGCUAUUGGGAGUCGCAGGAGUGGCUCAGGAACAUGGAUAUCUCGCCCGAGGCUGCUGAUGCUAAAUGGGCACGCCGGCUAGCACAUUUCACGAAAGUAGCCGGAGGGAAACACACGCAGGCCGAAGUUGAGGAAUUUUUCACACUCCUUCGCUCCAUGCUCAAGAUCGAGCCGGAGCGUCGAGUGAGCGCGGAGGACGUGCUACAGCAUCCGUGGUUUGCUCGUGCAAACGAUGCAUCAAGAUGAUCCGUGCAGCGUGUAGACACUCACUGUGUUUCAUGUAUAGGAUCGGCGCCGAAUAUCGACUUUCCUCCCUUCGAAAAUGUUUGUCUCGCUUCCACCAAUGCUCGGGCGCUUAGUGACCGACGAGUUGCUUUACUGUCAUGGUCCCAUAUGCCCCGGAAAACUACAAUAAGCAGUCAUCGUCAUACAAACGCCUUUUAGGAAAGAACUCACUCUGGCACCGCAGACGUGGCGCCCAAUUGUAACGCUGAUGUUCGAGAUAAAUCUUGUUCGAACGCCUCGAGCUCCGCCGGUCACACAAUGCCCAAAGCAAAGGUGUACUACAUCCAAUCCCAAUAUCUAGUCAUGUUCUAA